CAACACGACCAACAUGGCCGCCAAGUUUAAAUUUUUGUGAGUUGCGACGUGUAUAUUCUGCGAUAAAAUCCACUAAAACGAGGACUGAUCCGAUUUGAAGUCUUUUUACUUGUACUUUCAUUGUUGCUGACAACUUAGAGCAGCUACAUGACGCAGUCUAUCGUGGUUCAAGUUGGCCAAUGCGGAAACCAGAUUGGUUGUCGUUUCUGGGACCUGGCCCUCAGAGAACAUGCCAGCACAAAUAAGGGAGGUACAUUUGAUGAACCUCUGAGCAGCUUCUUCAGAAAUGUGGAUGCCAGGUACUCUGAACCACUGGACAUCCCAGUCGGACGGGGCAGGGAGAAAAUAUGUAACCUGAAAGCCAGGGCAGUUCUUGUAGACAUGGAGGAAGGUGUGGUGAGUGAGAUUCUGAAGGGACCCCUGGGAGAUGUGUUUGACCAUAGACAGCUCAUUACCGACGUUUCUGGUUCUGGAAACAACUGGGCUGUGGGUCACAUGAUGUAUGGGAGUCUGUACAGGGAGCAGAUCUCAGAAGCCAUCAGGAGGACGGCAGAGAUGUGUGACUGUCUGCAGUGUUUCUUCACUCUGCACUCCAUGGGUGGAGGUACUGGUUCAGGUGUGGGAACCUUCAUCUUGAACCUUCUUGAGGAGGAGUAUCCUGAGGUCUACAGGUUUACCACAGCUGUGUACCCAUCAGCCGAGGACGAUGUCAUCACCUCCCCGUACAACAGUGUCCUGGCCAUGCACCAGCUGACUGAACAUGCCGACUGUGUGCUGCCCAUCGAGAACCAGUCCCUUGUGGAUAUCUUCAACAUGGUGAACCAGGCAGCCAGUAAAACUAGUAAGAUCUCCUCCACUAGCAAGGUCAAAGGUGGCAGCACUGUGACCUCUGACCUGGGUGGGAUCAAAGGUCAGGAGAAGCCAUUUGACAAGAUGAACAACAUCGUAGCCAACCUUCUGCUGAACUUAACAAGCUCCUCCAGGUUUGAGGGUGCCCUGAACGUGGACUUGAAUGAGAUCACCAUGAACCUGGUGCCGUUCCCCAAGCUACACUACCUGGUCUCCAGUCUCAGUCCUCUCUACCACCUGGCUGAUGUUAGCUUGCCGCUCAGGAAGCUAGAUCAGAUGUUCUCAGAUGCCUUCACUAAGGAGUACCAGUUGAUCAGUGCAGACCCCAGACACAGCCUGUACCUGGCCUGUGCCCUCAUGGUCAGGGGCAAUGUGGCUGUGUCAGACAUCAGGAGGAACAUAGACAGGUUGAAGCCUUCACUCCAGUUCAUCCACUGGAACCAGGAGGGGUGGAAGACAGGGCUGUGUUCUGUACCCCCCGUGGGACAACCCUACUCCCUCCUGGCCCUGGCUAACAACUCCUGUAUCAGGCACACCUUCACCAACCUCAGGGACAGGUUCUACAAACUGUACAAGAGGAAGGCCCAUCUCCAUCACUACACUAACGUGGAUGGCAUGGAGGCAGGACAGUUCUCCCAGGCUCUGGAGUCACUCACAGGCCUGGUCAAGGAGUAUGAACAGUUGGAGGGCACCAUGGGAAGGGUACAUGAAGGAGCACCUCGGUUACAGGUGGCCUCCUGAGGGAUCAUGGGAAGGGCACAUGAGUGAAUGCCACAGUUACAGGUGGUGCUACUGAGGGAUUAUGGGAAGGGCACAUCAGGGAGCACCUGAGGGAGCAUGGGAAUGGUGAAUACUGAGGCACCAUGGGAAGGGUUCUCAAUUUUAGGUGGCCUUCUGUGGGAUCAUGGGAAGGGUACAUGAGAGAGCACCUUGGUUACAGUUGACCUGAGGGAUCAUGGGAAGGGCACAACAGGGAGCACCUGAGGGACCACGUUAAGGGCGAAUCCUAAAGCACCAUGGGAAGAGUAUAUGAGGGAGCACCUUGGUUACAGGUGGCCCUCUGUGGGAUCAUGGGAAGGGUGCAGUGAAGAACAGCCCCACGGUAAAUGGCAGAGAAAGUAAUGACAAGGAACAAUAGUUAGGCCUUCCACAAUUGAGGUUCCUAAGUUGGUGACCUGGAAAUGAAACUUUAAAGGUUUAUUCAACAUCACUGACCUGGCGGACUUAAUCAGGUUGGGUUCCUUCAUUUGGUGAGUCAAUGACUUGGGUGUGUCCCAUGCCCAAGAAAAUGGCCCCUGAUGCACCAUCAAAAGAUAAAUUACAUACAUGCAGUAUGUAAAGAGAUUCACAGUGCAAAAGGAAAUGGUAUGUAGCACGUAAAACUAUAGAACAUCAGGGUUAUUUUUAAGGUUUGUUACCUACUGCUGUUGAUCAGCUAUGUAAAUAGAUACUGCUGUAGAUUAUUCUUGUAUGAAGAUUGAAAUGUAUAAGAAGUUAUGAAGACACUGUGAAAUCUCUGUGAAGGUGAAAACAAUUACACCUGCUAAAGAAAAUGCUGUCUGGCUUAUUUGUAUCCACCUGUUGAGUGCCACAUGCACAGUGCGCCCCAUACUGAAAUGCUGCUCUGAUA